AUGGGUACCGCUCAGGUUCGCUUCUGUGAUGCAGAUGCGUGCCAGGCAUUCUAUGACAAAUACCCUAAUGGCAUUGACCUGGACAAGAGUCGCAAGGUCACCGCCUUUGUCGAGUUGGGUAAGGAGGUGGACGUGGUCAGCUCUCAGCUGUCCUUCAAUCUCUCUGUCGGUGCAACUCGCGUCGUCCGUGCCGUGGGUGUCGAUGCAGAUGUGAACAUGAAUCAGAUGAUUCGUCUAUCCACUUCCCAGAAUCGCAAAAUCGAGAAGAUCGUUGACAGUUGGGUCCCCGGUGAAGCAAGAAGUGCAUCCUUCCGCUUCUGUACCAUCGAAGAUGCGGUGCGCUUCCGCGCUGCGAUCAUUCGUGAUGCCGACUGGGAGCAAUGCAAUGUGCAGUAUGGCAGUGACCCCUGCGAUCUCGCUACUGGGAUGCACGUUGACUGA